CUCAGCCUGAUCCAAGCCAUCAGACAGAUCUGCAGCCGGACACAACAUUCUCAUGUCUUCAGUAUCAAAAACAGCCUGAACAUUUACUGGCACUUUGAUGUUCAACUCAUUAAGAAUCCUUUAUUUUUCUAAGAACUGCAAUUACAAAAAGAGGAGGACACACACCUGCUUCAUCUUAUCAGGUAAGAGAUGUCUUCUGCAACAAAUUCUGCAAGAUCAGACAGACAGACAGACCCUGAUGGAGUGACUUCCUCUCCCCUGCAUCCAUGUGAGUGAUGGCAGGGAUUGGCUGUGGUGUCUGCGCUGUUUGUCUCACAUGGUCACAUGUUGGCACUCUCAUGCGUAUGUUGCGCAUCAGAGGUACCCAAGUGAUUUAAGUCUCCGUCGGCAGCAGAUUGAGACCGAAUCUGUUGAUGACACUUGAGGAAUGGCCUUUGAACGGGUUGGAUCCAACACAACCAGAAAUCUGACCAACCAGUUCGUGCAGCCGCCGUGGCGCAUCGCGCUCUGGUCGGUGGCCUACAGCACGGUGCUGGCAGUCGCCGUGUUCGGAAACCUGAUUGUGAUUUGGAUUAUUUUGGCUCAUAAGAGGAUGAGGACUGUCACAAACUAUUUCCUGCUCAAUUUGGCUUUCGCUGAUGUGUCCAUGGCUGCUUUCAACACUCUCAUAAACUUCAUCUACGCGGCGCACGGAGACUGGUACUUUGGAGAGGUUUACUGCAGGUUCCACAACUUCUUCCCUGUCACCGCUGUGUUCGCCAGCAUCUACUCAAUGACAGCCAUAGCCAUCGACAGGUACAUGGCCAUCAUUCAUCCUCUGAAGCCCCGUCUGUCAGCAAAGGCCACCACAUUCAUCAUCAUCUGUAUCUGGAGUCUGGCCAUCGUCCUCGCCUUCCCUCUUUGCUACUUCUCCACCACCCGGACUCUUCCCAAAAGAACCAUCUGCUACGUGGCCUGGCCCCGCAUGGCAGAUGACCACUUCAUGUAUCACAUCAUAGUAACAGUUCUGGUCUACAUGCUGCCAUUAGUGGUGAUGGGCAUCACUUACACCAUCGUGGGUGUGACUCUGUGGGGAGGCACCAUUCCAGGAGACUCAUCUGAUAACUAUCAUGGACAGCUGCGGGCGAAAAGGAAGGUGGUAAAGAUGAUGGUCAUCGUGGUGGUGACCUUUGCCCUCUGCUGGCUACCCUAUCACGUGUACUUUCUCGUGACAGGUCUCAGCAAGAGUUUGAGCAAAUGGAAAUACAUCCAGCAGGUUUAUCUGUCUGUGAUGUGGCUGGCAAUGAGCUCCACCAUGUACAACCCCAUCAUCUACUGCUGCCUCAACAGCAGGUUCAGAGCUGGAUUCAAGAAGGUUUUCCGCUGGUGUCCGUUUGUUCGGGCUUCGAGUUAUGAUGAGCUGGAGCUUCAGAACAGGAGACUUCGACCGGGUAACCAGAGCAGCAUGUGCACCCUGUCUCGGGUCAACACCAGCAUCCUCAGCAAAGACAAAAGCGUAUGUUGCCGUGGAAACAGGUUGAGGUUUAACCCUGAGCCCAAUCAUAACGGUUAGGCUUCCUCUUUGUAGAAACUUUCGUGAAAAGGUCAAAAUCUCUCGCAGAACAGUUCUACGCAUUAUUCUGAGGUGAUUAAAAUGCUCAAAGGAGUGUUUUUGUCUGAUCAGUCAUUACACUGUAUAUUAACUGUGACUUUUGUGGUAACCUCUUGUGUUUUACUACUAAAUUAUUAACAAAAGGUUGAAAAACAAGACUACUUUGACAUUCAAAUGAAUGCUUGUGUAUCAGCCUGUUUGAUAUACCAAAACAUCUGAUAAUGUAUCUUUGAUGUUAAUGGUUUGUUGUUAAUUAUUAAAUGCUGCUUUUCAUUAGAUUUUAACAUUAUGGCACAGUGUUCUAUCUCACAUGUUAUUAUUUUGCAACGUAAGAUGUAUCUUAAUUGUGGUAACAAGCAAAAUGAAUGGAUAAUCUGUUGUACUAUUAUAAAAUGGUCACUGUUUUAGCAAAAUAUUUACUUGUUAAAAUAUAUAUUCUUGGUUGUAUUUGUGAGGCUGUCUUAUGUAUUUAUUCAUAUUUAUUAUUUUUCUUAUGUGGCAGUGAAUCACCAUUUGUUGUGACAGCAAAUACUUAGGUUUUUAUGUGUCAUGCAAUAAUUAAAAUUAAUGCUGAGGAUACUGAUACAUUACACUUAUGUUUUUGCCACAUUUUUUUCUACAUUUUCGACCCUUUUUUGUUCUACCAUUCUAAUUUACAUUACACAUUAGACUACAUGCUAGUAGACACUAUAACAAUAUAAUCUGUGGGUUUCAUUAACAGUAAUUGCAACAACAGUUCUAAUAUUGCAUCACUGGCUUUAAUGUCCUAAAAUCUUUGAUAGUAACACUGUUGUUGAAUAUACAUGGCUGAAUAUUUAUAUUUUACGAUUGAAUGUAAAUUCACAAGUGCUUACUGUUGUCAUUUUUGUUGUUUUGUAAAACCAUGUGCCCUUAUAAAAACAAGCUUCUGUGGGACUGUAUGUAAGUAUGGUUUUUAUUAUAAAAUGCUCAUGCAGUACAUAUUGUAAAAAAAAAAGUACAAAAUAAAAGUUGAUAUUGUCUCU